AUGGAAGCAAGUGAAGCAUUACUAAGUAAAGCUCUCAAAAUUGGAUGCACAAUUACUUUAUGUUAUAAAGAUGAUGAUGGAAAUAACUAUUAUGCAUGUUGUGAGGGUUUUACAUCUAUGAAACUAAGAUUACUAACUGCAUAAUAAAUUAAAGAUUAAGGUCGAUUGAAUUAAUGUUUGUUUAAGGUUGUGCCUCCAUUUUAAUAUGUGGAAUAUAAUAAGGGAAAGGAAGCCUUCCAUUAGAAAGAAAUCUUAAAUUAGGUUACUAAUGUUGAUUAAAGAGGUAAGGAAGUUACCAUUAUUAAUUAGACUCAAGACUUGAAUUUCCCAAACAAAUUAAACUUAUGUAAGAUGAAUCAUAGUUGAACAAGGAAUCUUUAGAAAAAAUGAAAGGAUAAUCUAUAUUUUUUGGAUAAACUAUACAAUUCAUUCAUCAAGCAAGCAAUAAAUACUUGAGUUAUUUUAAAGAUUAAGGGAGUGAUUAUGAAAGUGAUAGUUGGAAAGCCACUUUGAAAAAAGAACAUGGAGAAGACACUUAAUUUAAAUUCUUGGCCUCAUUCUCAUUUUAAUAAGAAACUGGAGGUUUAAUAUUUGAUGAAGAUACUGUCUAUAUUGUUAGUGUAUUAGAUAUGAGUACUGAACCAGGUUUACAUGCUUCUAAUAAAAAAAAAGAUAAAGAAAAAAGAGAACUUAAUGUUGCACCAGAAAAGAGAUCCUUUUGGAAACUCAACAUUUUCUCUAAAUUUAUGAAUGAUGAAUUAGGAUACCUAUCUGUUUUUGAUGUUAUUUGGAUUAACUAUUCUGAAACUAAUGUAUUAUUAAUUAUUUACUUAUUAUUAGUUGAAUAUGAUUGUCUAAAAAUACUCUCCAGAUGACAAAAAAAAAUAUUUGAAAUUUGAAAAAGGACAAGAUUCAGAAUAAAUUAAUUAAUUUAUUGGAGAUAGUAAUGGAAUGUAUGUCAUUGAAAAUAUUGAUCCAGAAAAAGGAGACUUUUUAAAUGGAGGCUAUGUUGAAUGGGUUAAAGAAUAUAGACUUAAACAUUUAACAUCUAAUUAUUAUCUUAAAUUAGAAGAAAUUGCUGAAAUAUAAGGUUCAUUUAGACUUGUUGCUGUUGAAAACAUUUCUGAUUCAUCCAUUUUCUAAUUUGGAAUGAUAUAUUCUACUAUAGUAAAGAAAGACAAUUAAGAAUUUUUAACAAAAGAUUCGUACUUUAGAUUAUCUACAAGGGGUUAAAAUGAAUAAUAUUGGCUAAAAAUAGAUACAGUAGGUCCUAAUGAAAUUUAUAAAAUAGAGGGUGACAAUUUCAUUGAAGAUAUAACAAUUCCAAUAUUUGAUUAGGAUAAAAAGGAUGAACAUGUAUUUAAUUUAGCAUGUGCAUCUUUAAAUGAAGUCAGAUUUAUUAAGUAUUUAUUAUCUUGCAUGAAAAUUUUAAAAAGAAGUAAAGAAUAUUUAGAUGUUGAUUUAAAUGAUACUGGAUUUUUUAAAGAUUCCUAAUUCUAAGAAAUCUAUAAAAAAUUGAUUGUAAGAUCCCAACAUCUAGAACAAGUAUUAGAUGAUUUAUAUUUGCUUUGUCAUAACAAAUUAGAAGGUUUUGUAUCUUUUGAUACAGAAUUCGGAUUCCCAAAUCAACAUACACAAAAUCUCCUUAAAGAAUAAUAUUUCUUUGAAAUUUUAUUCUAGAUUCUUGUUAUUUGCUUCCCAACUUAAGAGAGUUUAAAGAAAGCUGAUGAACCUUUUUAAUUAGUUUAAGUAACUAAAUUAUUAUCAGAAGAAAAAUUAGUGGAUUUAAAUCUUGAAAAAUAAAUUAUUGCUAGAUUUAUUGAGAAAAAAAAAAUUAUAUGCACCAAAAUCUUUAAAUUAUUACAAGCAAUGGUUAUAGAUAAUAUUGCAAAUCAGGAAUAUUGCUCUAAAUAUUUACCUAUUCUAUCUAUGCAAUCAAUGUAUUUAAAUGGAGCUAUAAGUACUAUUUUAGCUAUUAUACAUAAUUUUGAAGAAUUGUUGUUGAAUCUUAAUAAAGAUGAAUAUCCUCUUGAAGUACCUUAAUAAAUUUUAAAAGCAGCUUCAAUAAAAACUCCAUAAAUUAAUUAAAAUAAAUAAAAAAAAAGAAGGAAAAAUGAAAUAAAUAAACCAAGUGUUGAUUAUAAUGCUUAAUAUAAACUUAUUUGUAAAUAGAUAAAAGGAUAAAUGCCUAAUUAAUUAUAAACAUGGGAUUUACUUAUGUUUUUUACUACUAUGCUUAAAAGCAAUUAUUUCUUGUUUAAUAAAAAGAUUGAAAUCAUGUAUUUUUUGAAAGAAUCAGUUUGUUUUGAAGAAAAAGGUAUCAAUAUAAAUCAAGAAACGGCAUAUAAAUAUAUUUUGUCAUCAUAAAGAGUAUUUGAAGAUGAAAUUCUUAUUAGAUUAAAAAGUGAUGGUCCUUAAUUAAAAGUUUAUAGAGGAGAUUAAGAGAGCACUCUUCUUGAUUAUUAUCAUAAAUACAAAAACAAUGAUGAUCCAAAAUUAUUGAAUUUUAUUCCAUAUGUUUAAGAAUUGAUGAGAAUGUAUUCAAGAAUGUGUAAUUCCAGAAAUUAUACUUGGAAAAAGUUUGCUGAAAAUUUUUUUAAUGUAGAAAGUUUGAUUGAAAAUAUUUAAAACAAUUAAUAUAAUGUUGAAAUUAGAUCAAUUAUUUGUAGUUUAUUGAAUAAAUUAUAUGUUGAUUAGGAACCAAGAAGAAUAAUUAUUUGGCCAGAACUUUGUAAAAUUGUUAGAACUAGUAGAAAAUAAAAUAAAAAUGAUAUUAAUAAUACAAUGCUUUCAGAAGGAAAAUAACAAAAUAAAAUAACAAAGACUGAUCCAGUAGAUAUUCCUAAAGUAUAAGAAAAGAUAAAUGGAUAUCUUGCUGAUUAGUUAUAUUUUGUAUAAAAUUAAUCGGAUCUUGUAGAUUUAAAUAAAGGACCAACAGAAAGAUAUGAUAUGUUAGGUAUAAUAUUCAAAAAUGCCCCUGAAAUAUAUAAUGAACUCACAUUAGAAGUUAUUAAGUUAUUUAAAUUAUUAAUUUAAUUUGGAAAAUAUUCAAUUGUUAUUGAAGAAGAUGAACAAAAGACGAUUACUAAGAAUGCAUAAUUAUUUUCUAAUAUAAGAGCUUUAACUGCAAUUUUAGAAUAUAAUUCAACUUAUCCAGAAGUUAGAAAGAUUUUAUCUAUAAAAAGAAAAGAGGAGGAAAUUUAAAAAAAUAGUACAAAUCUUUUUGGAUUUGGAGAUAAAAAUAAAAAGUAAGAAGAAUAAGGAUAAGUAAAACAAUAAUAUUCAGGUGAGGAUGAUGCUGAAGAUUUGUCAGAAGCAGAAAAUUUUUAAAAAUAAGUUGAAUUUCUUUCAUUAAGAAUGAAUUAAUUUAUGUAUUAAUAAUAACUUCCUAAUGAUCCUUUAAUAAAAUUAGAAGUUUGUGAAAUAUUAGAUUUAUAUCUUGAUAGUAAGAUGGAUUUUUAUUUAAAUAAUUUAAAAUUAUAAUUCUCAACCUGGGUUGAAAAAUUAAAUUUAUUUAAUGAUGUUUUUAAUGGUCAAAAAGAUAUAGAUAAUGAAUAAGAUAAGGAGGAAAUUUAAUAAUAAUUUAGAGAUACGAUAAAAAAAAAUUUAGAUAAUAUGUUACCUGCAAUUAUGAAAACUGGAACGAAAGUGGAUGAUGAAAUAUUUAAAAAGAAAGAAGAUAAUUAACUAUUUAAUAUUAUGAAUAUAGCUAAUCUUGCAAAUAAAUUAGUAAAUACUAAUGAUGAUUAAUCUAAAAUAAAGUCUUUAGAUGCUAUAGAAUUAAGUAAUAUAAUAUCAUUUUCAAUAUUUCCUUCUUUAAUAUCAAUAUUUUGUUUAAAUUAGAGUUUAGAUUUAGAAACAAAGAUUCUGCAUAUUUUAACUAGAUUUUAUAAUUAAAGACAUGAGUUUGCAGAUUUAUCAAGUAAAUUAUUAUUAUUGUUUGAUGAUACAAAUAUUACAAUAUUUAAAAAGUCAAAAAAGAAAAUAUUAGUAUUGGCUAAAUGUGUUGAUGAAUCAGAAACUUGGGUAUAGAAUUUAGAUGAACCAUAAAAUUUAAGAACUUUAGAAUUAGUUUAAUAACAUUUUGAAUUUUUUACUUAAUUACUAUUUAAAGGAUCAUAUUUGAAUGAAUCUUAAGAAUUAGAAAAAGGACAUGAAGGAUAAGUAGAUAGUAUUAGAUAAGAUAUGAUGAGACAUUUAAAAGUAGAUAAAUUAGGUGUUGAUUUAAUUAAAGAUAGUGUUUUUAUGGUUGAAUAAGAAGAUAUUGAUCCUGAGUUACAAUAAAAGCUAAAAAAAAUGUUUUAAGUUUGUUUAACAUUCUUAAAAUAUUUUUGUAUGAAUAAUUUAACCAAUUAAAAUGUGAUGUCUUAACAUAUCGUUGCAUUAAUAUCUAAAUUAAAUACAGAUUUAGGUUAGGUUGAAUUAUUAUGUGAAAUAUUUAGAGAUAAUAAAGCAGUUUGUUUUGAACGUUCUUAAGAAGUUAUUGAUGAUUUUGUAAGAUUAAUUAUAACAAAUGGUAGAAGAGUUAGAUAUUUAGAAUUCUUUUUAGUUAUAAUGUAAAUUAAAACUGAAUAUAUCUCUUAAAAUUAAAAAGCUGUUUUAAAUUUAUUUAUUGAUCCUAGAUAUAAAACUUAAUUAUUUUAUAUGUUACCUAAAGGUGAAGCUGAUGAACAUCCAAUUUUUGAUUUUGAAACUAAAUUUCAUGAUAAUCCAAAUUAUAAAGAUGAACCAUAUGAUUAUCAUGCUAAAUUUAUUGAAGUUUGUGCUUAAUGUACAAUAGGUAAAGAAGGAUUGUUGAGUUCUGAAAAUAAAUUAAAGGCUUAGAUUACUUUUAAAUAUGUAAUGGAAUUAUUAUUAGAAAAAGAUGAGUUUUCUGAAUUAAUUGAACCUCCAAGUGGUUUAGAUUCUGAAUAAUAAUUUAUGGAAAUUCCAACUCACAAAUAAAGAUCAUAAUUAUAAAGUGGAAUUAGUAUCAUACCACUUAAUCGUGAUAAAGUAGAAGGAAUUACUAAAAUAAAACCAUCCUUAUUAGAUUUGUUAUUUUAUACAUAUUUAGAAUCAGAAAAGAUAUCUGAAGAAGUAUUUUCAUGUUUUGAUAUGAUCAUUUAAUUUAUUGCAAAUGAAAAAGAUAGAAUUAUGAAAUGUAAGAAUUUUAUUCCAUAAUUCUAUGAUUACUUCUUUAGUAAUCUUAUGCUUGUAUUAAAUGGAUUGGUUAAAGUUUUGAAUAGAGAAUUAGGAUCUCAAGCAUUAGUCUAAGGAUCAAAGUUAUAAAAAUAAUCUACUGAAUUUUAUAGAGAACUUGAAGAAUUAAGAAAUUUCUUGACUGAAUCCUUUACUUCUUAACUUCAAUUAAGUAAUCGUUAAAAAACGUUAUUAUAAUAUUUUAAAGACAAUAUCAUUAUGAAAGAAGAAUUAAAUAAAUAAAAUUAAGAUGAUUAAAAAUAUUAAUAAGAAAAGGAAAGAUAAAAAAACAGAUCAAGAUAAGCUUCUUAAUAUAAAACUCCAAAAAGAUUGUAAACAAUUUAAACAUCAAAAAGAGAAUUAAGUACAGAUCAAAUUUGGAAAGAAUUAUGGGAUAUAUUUUUGACUGAAUUUUUAGAUAGUGAAGAAUUAAUAGAAGCAAUAAAUAAAGAAUAAAUGGCUUUUGCUAAAGCUAUUUCUAAAGUUGAAGAAAUAUUUAAAAAAGAUAAAAUUGUUCAUUAAUAAAUAAAUAAAUAAAUUAUUUUUUAAAGACUAAUAGCAUUUUUAGAAAAAUCUUCAGCUUCUGCUGAAAAUAUUACAACAUUUAAAUUGAUAUUGAAUGUUUUAAGAAAUUUUAUUCAUAUUGAAGAUGAAUCAGAAUUUACUCCUGAUAUGGAUAAAGAAGAAAAAAAAACAAUUAUUUAAAGAUAAAAAAAAGAUAAUCAAAAUUUUUUAAAUAGUAAUAAUGCUAUGUAAAUGACAUUGACUUUACUUAGUGAUAUUUCUGAUCCUAUAAAUUCUUAAAAGAUUUUUGGCGAAUUAAUUUAAUUUGCAAUAGAUCUUCUUGAUGGAGGAAAUGAAGAUAUUUAAAGAAGUAUUUGGAAUUAUUUUUAAAAUUUUACUGAAAGCGAAACAAUAUUUUUAAGAUUACAUAAUGAAUUCUAAAAAACUAUAAAAAAUAUGAAAAAAAAUGAUGAAAUGUUAUUUUAAUUUGGAUUUUAAAAGUAACCAGAUAUAAUUAACUAAAUAUUAAGAUUACUUUAAUUAUUUGCAGAAGGUCAUUAUAAAGAAUUAUAAGAAUAUAUGUAUUUUUAAAAAUUUAAUCAUCAUUCCCAUAAUCUAAUAUAUGAUUUUAUAGAUUUAUUAUAAUCGUAUAUGAAUGCAGUGGAACCAGAUUAUUUUGAAAAUAUGAUUUAAAAUUUUGAUACAAUAACUGAAUAUAUUUAAGGUCCUUGUAGAACUAAUUAGAAAGCUUUAAUAGAAGCGAAUUUUUUAGAUUUAGCUAAUAAAUUAUAUGAGAUAGAUGAAAUUGCUUUAGAAAUAUAAGAUGAAAUAAUUGAAGAUGAAGAAUUCCUUGAGGAUGAUAAUUAGGAACUAUUCACAAUAUAGAAACACUUACCAAGAUGGAUGAUUGCAUUUCUUAAAUAUAAAUGUUCAAUAACUUUAAUAUCUUUAUUAGAAGAUAGAGAAGGUGAUGAAAUAAUAUAAAGAAUAUAGAAAUCAAUAAGUAAUGAAAACUUAAAAUCGAACAUAAGUAAUAUAUUUUACAUGUUUUAAUUUUAUUCUAAUGAAGUUUAUGAUCUCAAAUUAUUUGGCCAUUUUGUAAACUAACAACCAAAAACAAAAGAAGAAAGAAAUUAUUGUAGUUUUAUCAUAGAAACAGGAUUUAAUCUUUUUUUCAUUUACUAAAUCCAUUAAAAGACAAAAAGUAAAACUACUUAACAGAGUAAAGGUGAAGAAGAAGAAACAGAUGAUGUUACAUAGUAAUUAUUAAAUAGUCCAUUUUAUAAACUGUUAUUAUUAGUGUAAAAUUUAAUUAAAAGUUUGUAAGAUAGUGCAUUAUAGGUUGCAAAGAUCUAUUAAAAAACUGAAAAAUAAACUCCUAAAGAAAGGAUGUAGAAAUUAUAAUAGGCUAGAGCAUAAUUAUUUCCAAAAGCUUCUAAAUUCUUUCUUUCAAAAACAGCAAAAAUAGAAAUAAUGUUGGAGAGUAAAAAUGUUGAAGAAACAUAUUUUUAUAUUCCUCCUUAUUGUUAACUUGAUGAUGAUGCUAAGAGAACUUUUAAUGAAACUGCGAAUAGAAAUUCAAAUAAAGCUAAAGUUACAUCUUUAGUUGAAAGUUCAGAGGAAAUUAUAAAAACAAUGAAAUUAAAUUAUAAAAUCUAGGUAUAUUUAAAUUAAAUUAAAACACUUUAAGUAAUUAUUGAAAACAUAGAUUUAUUAAGAGAUAUUGAAUUUAUAAUAGCAUUGUUGAUUAAUUUAUUUAUAUUCUUAUUUUAUAAGAAGACUUAUGUUGGAAUUGAAAUAAAUGCAGAUUUAUCAGAAACAGAGAUAUGGUCAAAUGAUGAUAAUUUUGAAUAUUAAAGUCUUAUUGAUUCAUUAGGAAUAUUAUCAAUAGUACUAUCAAUAUUGAUUGUUGCAUUUUUUUUAAGCAGAAAUGCUCCAUUAUUAUUAGAGAAAGCUUGGAGUGGUGUUGGAUAAGAGAAAUUAAAUCCACUUGCAUAUUUAAUAAGGUUAUUGAAAACAGUAUAUUACUUAUUAUCUGAUUUCUUUGCUUUAUACUAUAUUAUGUAUGGAACAGCAGCAGUAUUAGGUAGAUUUGUACAUAAUUUCUUUUUUUCAUUUCAUUUAUUUGAAGUUAUGAUUAGAUUUCCAUUAUUAUUAAAUGUAGUAAAAUCAGUAUGGAAUCCAAGAAAAAUGAUAUUGUAUACAGGUCUUUUAUUAUUAAUCUUUAUGUUUGUAUUUACUGUAUUUUCUUAUAGAAUUUUUUAUGAUAGCUAUGAUGCUGGAUUUUGUGAUUCUAUGUGGGUUUGCUUUUUAUCAACUUUAGAUUCUGCUUUUAAAUAUGAUUAAGGAAUUGGUGGAUUUCUUAAGAGUCCGUAUGAAGUUUAUCCAUCAGAUGAAGUCAAAUUAGUACUUAGAUUUAUAUUUGAUAAUUUCUUUAACAUUUUAGUAAUUAUUGUAAUGUUAAACAUUGUUGCUGGUAUAAUUAUUGAUACAUUCGGUGAAUUAAGAGAAUAAUUAUAAGAAUAUAAUCAAGAUUUAGAAAAUUUAUGUUUUAUUUGUGGAUAUGAUAAAGAAACUAUAGAAAAAGAAUCUAUUAAUUUAUAGAAUUUCUCUGAUCAUAUUAAAAAGGAACAUUAUUAAUGGUAUUAUCUAUUUUAUAUUGCUUACUUAAGAGAAAAAGAUCCAACUGAAUAUACAGGUAUUGAAAGUUAUGUUGCAGGUAAAUUAGAUUCUGGAGAUAUUACAUGGUUUCCAUUAAAUAAGUAUAUUUAUAUAAUCUAUAUUUAUAUAGAGCUUUAUGUCUUAAAAAAGACUUUGGAAAUUAAGAAGAGAAGAAUAUUGUUACUUCACUUGAAACUAUUAAAGAAAAUGCAUAAGAACUAAAAAAUAUUUUAGUUGAAAUCUAAACAGAAAUAGAAGAAGAGGAUUGA